AAAGUGAUUAAUUAAAAUGAUUAAUUAAAGUGAUUAAUAAAAGUGAUUAUAGGGGGAUGCACCAACCCAAAUAUGUUAGUAAGCUGGGAUCAAGAGUUCAUCGCAGAUAAGAACAAAAUAUUUCAUUAUGGCUGUAUAAAACUUGUUAUACGAUUCCAGAAACUCAACACAGAUGACCAAGCCUGGUACCCAGAAUGCACGUCAAUAGACAACAUACCAUAUGCAGCAAAGUACAGACCUAUAUCCGUUGACAUAUACCCCGGGGUAGUCCUUAUUGCUAAUGCUGACAUAUUCAACUAUCAUGACCUGCAAGAAAAAUAUAAGUUCCAAUUACAAAGUGAUCGACCGGAGGAGAUUUUAAUCCACAUGUUCAAACUCCACGGCAUGUCCGCUGCUCUGAACGAAAUACAGGGAGAAUAUUCCUUUAUCCUCUGUGACAACGAAAUGUCCUAUCUAGUAAGAGAUGGUACAGGAACAAGAGGACUAUACUAUCUGGAGUACCCUCACAGGAGUGGACCAAUGUGUGCCGCUCUGAGAGCUAGUCUUCUUGCUUCUUACCAACAUUCUGUCGGACAGAUAAGACAUGUUCCUCUUGGUUCUAUUAUCUACGGUGAUAACAAAAAAGAAUGGAGGAGAAAAGUUUUCACAACUGUAUUUCAACAGCCAUCCUAUAGGCUAGACCUGCUUUCUCCACCUUGUAAAAACGGCAUUUCCGCCUUGGGCCAGAUGAGAAUGCGUCUAAGAAACAUAAUAAAGCAAAAUAUAACGUGUCGAAGUAAGAGCUCCACAAUAGGAAAAGUUGGGUUGUUGCUUUCUGGUGGUCUGAACUCCAGAGUUAUUGGAAACGUUCUUAGAGAUUCUCAAGUGAAAGGACUUAAAACGUUCUUUGUCGGUACAAAGUCAGCCCACGAGCGUAAAUCGAGUGAGAACGGAGCAAAAUCUAUUAGUUCCAUACAUCACGACAUUAUGUUCGAUCCGAAACAGGCUUUUGAAGAUAUUCCUAAAGUUAUAGAAUUAGCUGAAACUUAUGAUACGUCGUCAAUCAGAAAGGCGUUACUCCUGUUCACUGUGUGCAAGUACAUACACCAACACAACGCUAUUGAUGUGCUAUUUUGCGGUGAAGGGUUAGACGACAUCGCAGGUAGCCAGAUCUACUACAAGCAAGCUAAAUGUGCACAGGAGUUCCAGACUACGUUGGAGAACAACCUUAAACGCCCCAUUGGCAGAGAAGUUUACGAUAAGAUUGGAAGUUGGUUUGGAAUAAGAAUAGUUUUCCCUUUCCUCGACCCUCUUUUCACGUCUCACUACUUAAACUUCUCCGCUGAAGACAGGAUACCUAGAUUUGGAAUUGAGAAAUAUUUCUUUCGAGUUUGUCUGGAUCACAGUGACUUGAUAACGGAGGAGGUGCUCUGGAAGCACAGGGAGGAUUGGGUUGAUUCAGCUAGCAGCUACGACAGGUUCUGGGUUAAAACAUUGCAAAGGUUGUGCAGUAAAUUCGUGGACAAUGAAGAGUUUCAAAAAAGAGACGAGACCUACUCACACAACUCUCCACUAACAACAGAAGAAUUCUUAUACCGUCAAACAUUCGAGAAGAUUUUCCCAGACCAACAGUCCUUAGUGCCAGCCAUCUUCAGACCGAGUUUCGGAGUAGGAACGGAUCCCUCGCCCCGGACCUGGAACAUUUAUCCUCAACACUUGUGUGUCGACUUUCUGGCUACUGUUCGCAUGAUGAUUUGAUUAUUGUUGUUGGCUGUUUGUUCUUUUAGUUAGACUGCUAUUGUUAGUGUUCACUGUUCAUUCAAAUUCAUUUGAUCGAGAGACCUGAUCAAGACGCGGCAUAUUAUAGUUUUCAACCCAAAAUAUUGAUGAAAUGCUUUCGGUUUAAACUGUUUUGAGUGUUUUUAUAUGACAGUAUAAUGUGAGGUCGACACUUUGCUUUACUUCGAGCCCUUUAAAAAGACCAAAUCAAACGAGUUAAAGACAAAAGUCGGACAGUUUCAAAUGCAUGGGGCUACGUAAACGUUUUAUGAGAUCCAGUUUUCUUUUUGAUAAUGAUGUGUGUUUGAUAUCGAUUUUGUUUCUUGUAAGAAUAUUUGGGGUUGUUUAUUUCUUUUCUGUGACAGAAAAAUUUUAUAUUCUAUUUAUUAAAUCAUGUGGUUUCAUUCUGAUUGAUCUAUGAAAUUUUUUUGCAAAGUUAUAAUCUCCGAAUUCUAAAGCCUAGCUAUAACAAUUGCACGAAAUAUGGAUUCUGGCUGUGGAAAUUAGGAAAAUCUAUAUAUGGACGGAUUGCUUUUUACAGCUGCCACUCAAGGUUUUUAGUUGAAUACCUCUACAAUCAGAAUUUUCACAAAUUGUAGUUAUGCGUUAGUAAUGACCAAAUCUAUAACUGCAGGAUUAUUUUGAUAAAUUUUUAAGUUUUAAUUAGGUUGAUAAGGAACAAAUAAGAUAAUGGGCUGUCGGCGAUCACCCAAUAUCACGAGCUCGUUUCUAUACACGAUAUGAUAUAUAAAUAUAUAUAAAUAGAAUUAACAAUUAAAUAAAUAUAAAGAAAAUAGGCUUCAGAUUUAACAAGACGUAUUAUUUAAUCAUUUUCAUGCCAUUUUCUUCAAUGGAAUAUAAAUCCUGUAUUUAUGGAAAAGCAUGUCUUGUCAGCUAUAAUCUAUAAGGUACUAAUACAUUUUUAUGAUGUCAUACUUAUAUAUUCAUAAUACAUAGACAUAAUCAUUAGGUACGUGUUAUUUUUAUCAUUUUAAAGAGGGUGUGGUCCGUGAAUCAGGUGUUUAGCGAAUUAUUUUAAUUGACAAAAUGGUUUAGCAAAUAGUUGAAUACGCAAAAUACUGAUCACGUUUUGAUGAUUGUGAAUUACGUUACCCACUACGACAGUCGCCGCCCAAAUAUUGUAAUUUUACGAUGUUAUGUUUUCAUUCAAAUGUUAGAAGGUUAGAGAAAUUAAACAAACAAUGAUCAAGUACCCGAAGAAAUAUUUCGAAUAUUUGAGUGUGAUCUCACGUAUGAUCCAGAUUGAACACCUCCUUUUUACUAGAUAAUUAGAUAAUUAUAGCGAUGUUAGUAUGUGAGACGCAUUUCUAUGAUGGACAAUGAUGUCUAGGAGUGGUAUUAAUCGAUAUUCUGGCACGCUUUUCGUUUCUUAGUUCAGAUAGUUUUCUUAAAUAGUUGUCGA